AGUCAUCGUCUACUUGGUGCCUGAUCUAGAAAGCCAUCUUCUGUUAAGCCGCCUCUUUCGGGUCAGAUCUUUCAAGCCCUUGUCAGCCAGAUAUAGGAUCCUUCUUCUACUUUUCCCAACUUUCCUGACAUAAAUCCAUGCAUAUUUUCGCUUAUAUUCCUUUAUUCAUUUUUUUUCAUUAAUGGGUUUUGUAAUGGAAAUCAAACUGUGUUAUAAAUCUGUUAGGUGUGUAGUUGUCAGCUGACAUCUCUUGUCACCAAAGAAAAGAAGUGUUCAUCUUCUCCUCCUUUUCACGUAUAGAAUCAUUUUUUUUUUUUCAGUUUUUUUUCCAAGCUUUUCUUCAGAAUAAAUAUACACUUUCUCUUCUUUCUGAGCAUUUUAUUGCGGGAAAAAACUUUAUCCCUUGAAACCCUCUUCUGAAAGUCCAAAACUUUGUGUCCAGAAUGAUGAAGAACGUUCCACAGAGCUCAUUUACAAAGCUGUUCAAUGCCCAGUUGCAUAUUCUCAAUCUUCUUUCAUUUUUUCUAUUCUUUGGCUGUGGGUUAAUUCUUGGAAUCAUUCUAAGUUUUUCUCUUCAAGAUUUUUCGUUUAAUCUUCAUAUCACACAAUUCUCUCAGCUUUCUUCUUCUCCUCCGCCGUCUUUGGGCUUGGAAAGUGUUUCCAGUAGUGGUGGUGAUGGUGGUGGUGAUGAUGGUGGUGAUGCUGGUUUCAGUCGUGUGGGGCUGAGAGAAUACUUGAAGCCACCAAACAUAACACAUGACAUGGAAGAUGAGGAGCUUUUAUGGAGAGCUUCAAUGAGUCCUAAGAUUCAGGAGUAUCCAUUUGAAAGAGUUCCCAAGGUUGCAUUUUUGUUCUUGGCUAGAGGCCCCGUGUUAUUGGCUCCAUUGUGGGAAAAAUUCUUCAAAGGGUAUGAAGAUUUGUAUUCGAUUUAUGUACAUUCAAGUCCAUCUUUCAAUGAAUCAGAAGGAGAGCCUCCAGGUUCUGUGUUUCACGGCCGAAGAAUUCCCAGCAAGAAAGUUGGAUGGGGAGAUGUGAACAUGGUUGAGGCAGAGCGUCGGCUGCUAGCCAAUGCCCUUCUGGAUCUCUCAAACGAACGCUUUGUUCUUCUCUCAGAAUCCUGCAUUCCUCUCUUCAACUUCACCACCAUCUACUCUCACCUCAUCAACUCCUCUCAAAACUUCGUCGAGCUCUAUGAUUUAGAGGGCCCUGUCGGCCGUGGCCGAUACAGUCCGAAAAUGGGUCCCCAGAUCUCCAUUGAUCAAUGGAGAAAAGGUUCACAGUGGUUCCAAAUUGACAGGGAUCUUGCCAUUGAAAUAAUCUCAGACAAAACGUAUUUUCCUCUGUUUCGGAAUUACUGCAAUGGAAACUGCUAUGCGGAUGAACAUUAUUUGCCAACUUUUGUUUACAUGAAAUUUGGGGAGAAGAAUGCCAAUAGAACUUUAACUUGGGUUGAUUGGACUUAUGGCGGCCCUCAUCCCAGAAGAUUUAUCAGAACAGGAGUCACAGUUGAGUUUUUGAACGGUCUGAGAAGUGGAUACAAUUGUGAAUACAACGGAAAUUCCACCAACAUUUGUUACUUGUUUGCAAGGAAGUUCUUGCCUAACACUUUGGACAGACUGCUCAGAUAUGCACCAAAAGUUCUGCACAUCGGCUAACAUAGAAGAAAAUUCAUCACUCUUUUAUUUACUUUGUAAAGAUUUUUCCUUCAAAGUUUAAACAUAGUUGUUAAUUCGGUCGAUAUAAAUUACAUCGAUUGUAUAACUUUUAAUAUAGUUUGUUGUCUCUGGAUGGAAUUGUUGGUUAUCGGACACUCAUAAAUGUACACCCUCGAAGAAGUCUUUGUGUUGUGAAUAGUAUAGAAUCUAAUCGAUUUCGUAAUAAAUUUUCAUUACGAGAUUAUCAGAGCUUUUACAA